UGCUGCUGCUGAUUAUAUGAUCGGCGGCCACGGCGGCAUCGUGGUAGUUGUGAGCUCCGGCGCCGCCCAACUUGAAGAGUUGAGUGGAACGAAUGAGCAAAAUAAUUGACCUGAUACUGGCGGUGGCUGUUUCUGCGGGCGGCGGUACGGACGUUGUUCCGAGAAGUGAUUGCUGUGCUUCGACGUCGAAACCAGCUGAGAUCUCCUCCGACUCCGACUCCGACUCCGACAUCGUCUUGAUUUUCCUGUUUCUUCCGUGGCAGCCGGUAAACUAUUACACCACCAUCAUGCGCACGUUAGCAGCCCAUGUGUGUCAGAAAUGUUUAAUGAAAGUCAUUGAUCAUCUCCUGGAAGGUGUCAAAAAUUUGGUUGAAGUUACAUCUACUUCAAAUUACAAUGUUCAACAGACUGUAUACAUUACUGUACAUUAUUAUAUAUUACUAUACAUUACUAGUUACAUAUAGUAACAUGUAGUUAGU